ACUCCAAAAAAAACAGUAAAAAUCAGAAAAAGUUUAAAUUGAAAUUCACUUCGUUUCGAGUGUACCACCGCGUAAGUUUUCCAAUCACAGACAGGAUCAGCGUUACUUCGGUAUGAGUUCGAAAAUAGGCUCGGAGCCACGUCCUUGCCUAUUGCCGCCAAUUGGAUCGGAGCGUGCAGCACGUUUGGCUGCACGGAAUAGUUUGAACUUGAAUUUAACCGAACAUGAGAGGGCUUUUGGUCUUAUCCAGGGUUGUUCAAGAACGAACACUAAUUGGCUUAACUCCGGUACUGGCAAUGGUCGGAAUGCCGCCAAAGGUGGUCUCGACUGUAACUUAAAUCUAGGUCGGGAUGUGCAAACGGUAUUCGCUCAAUUGAUGAAUGCCCAGGAAAAUACACGCAAAUUGGCACAAAAAAUUGAUAAACUGUUGCCCACAAAGAAGCAACGUCAGGAAUUUGCUCAACAAAUGCUAACCGAGCAACUGCAGUCGGAGAAGACUUUGCAAGUAUACUUAGAGGGUAAAUUCCAGAAGAUAUCAAUGCAACAGCAGCAAUGGACGUCAUAUUUCUCACAGCCAAGCCCAGUGAAUCAGGAGCCAGUGUCAACUUCGUCAUCAAAUAUACCCUAUCAUUAUCAUCAACAGCAGCAGCAGCCGCAGCCGAUGUGGCAGCCCAAUCUGGAGCCCACUGGCAGACAUUUCGCAACGGAUUGGCCCAACAUUCGUGUCGCACCGGUAGCGGCCAAAAAUCGUCAUACAAAUCAAAUCUGGAAUGUUCCAGCAAUGCAUCAACAGCCUGAGACCAGACCGCCUACAGAGGGAAGAGCACAGCAAUCGACUACUUCAGCUGUUAAAACGGUUAAGCCGAACACCAUAUCAGUCGGCAAUGGCCUGCUGCUCAUGCGUAAUGCUCUGAUGAAAAGCAUGGCUAACUAUGAUCUACCGGGUCUGGGACUGGGAGAUUGGUAUUACAAUAGAUCGCCUUUGGAAGGUCAACAGCAGCGGCAACAGCAGCAGCUUUACAAUCAACAGGAGAGUUACUUGCAACAUCAGGCUUAUCUGCAGCAUCAGGAGAACUAUCUGCUACAGCAGCAGUAUCUCCAACAGCUGUAUCAGCAGCAGAUACAUCAGCUGCAACAGCAACAACAGCAGCAGCAGAUGCAACAGCAGAUGCAACAGCAACAACAGCAGCAGCAGCAGCAGAUGCAACAACAGCAACAGCAGCAGAUGCAACAACAGCAACAGCAGCAGCAACAACAGCAGAUGCAAGAGCAGCAAGAACGCCAACAGCAACAUCAGCUGCAACAUCAGCUGCAACAUCAGCUGCAACAUCAGCUGCAACAGCAUCUGCAUCAGCAGCUGCAUCAGCAACAAUUGCAAUAUCAGCAAGAACGUCAACAUCAAUAUCAGCUGCAACAGCAGCUGCAACAGCAGCAAUUGCAAUAUCAGCAGUAUCUUCAACUGCAACAGUAUCGACAGCAGCAAUUGCAACGACAGCAGCAGCUAUAUCAGCAACAGCAACAGCAGGAGGAGCAUAACGGUGACUUUCAAUCAAAUGUGGAAACAAAUUAUAUGGAGCAGACCUCGAGUGGACAUAGUUCGAAUCAAAAUUCUAAUUUAAAUCAAAAUCAAACCAACAAUGAGAAUCAGAUUCUGUGUAAUAACUCGAAUAAUGGCACAGAGAUACCAGAAAAUAUAAGGGGAAUUUUACGCCUUCAUUCACUGCAAAUGGAUUUUUGAAUGAAGUGUUUCCAUUUUAUAUACCACUCGAUAUAUAUCUAUGUAUGAAUAUGUAACAACAACAAUAUUUUAAAAUUUGCAACAAAUUUACUCUAAUUAACAACUACUAAUAACCAAUAAACUUAGUACGCAAAGAGUUG